CAGGUUAGAGUUGCCUGUCAUUUGUAAAAGAUCCGGACAAUAUAAACAGAUCGACGAAGAGGAUUAAAAAGGACGCGAGCGGGGAUUUGAAACAUAAUACUUUUUUUAGUUGCCUAAUUGCAUAGAGACAUUGUCAAUACAAAGCCAAUGCCCAGUGACCAUAUCAUGGGUUUUCCAAAUGAUGUAAGCUCUAUACUGGCGAAUCUUUCCCCACCCGUAUUCUUGGAUAUACGCUGUGUCUAUUUUUACGUUCAGAUCACGGAAUGAAGUGCUGAUGACAUUCGCGAUGGCAAUGACUGUUCGGUGAAGGUGGGCAGUUCUGUGUGAAACCAGUGAUCGUUGUGUGGAUGUGGACAUCAAUAUUCCUAGGAUAACCUGACAUAUUUUGUAUAUGUAACAGCGCUAUUUGAUGUGAUGACGAAUGAACUACUCUUGUCCUAAAACUUCGGACAUCAAAGCGUUUCAACGGAUUCCCUACAAACAUGUCUCACCAUACAGGGAGGAUCAGCAGCUUCUCACUUAGUCCUACUGGUGCGGCCAUGCCAGAUGUUGUCAUCAACGGGUCUGGGUUCGACGCUAGACAGGAUGGUGGUAUGUCCACUUUUGGAGAUGAGUCAGUGACGAGUCAAUCCUCACAGAGCAGUGCGCCGUACCUUCAUGUAAAUAAUAUGACUUCACCAACUCAAGAUGUAGAUAGACGAUCACCAACACGGUGUCCAUGCCAGCGGUGUCUUGUGGUUGGAUUGACCAUACUGGUGAUGAUUCUGUUGUCAGGGUUGACGGCCACCACAACUGUACUUAUCACCAACAAUGAGAAAUCUAUUGGAGGAACAGCUGCACUUGCAGCAACAACGAUCGGAGCGACUACGGAUGUGACGGCAUUCCCUAAUCCUACAGCAACUACAACCACUACACCCACUACAGAAAAUACAACUACAACCUAUACAUCAGGUACAGCGACUCCGAACAUCACAAAAAAGUAUCCAGCGACCACUACAACAUCACCUCCGGCUACGUCAUCUUCAUCGACGACUACGACACCGCUGCCUACCACUACUUCUACUAACCGUCCUUCUACAGUGACUACUAGUACCUCGACGGUAACAACCACAACAACGACAUCUAAAACAACCACAACUACACCCGAAUCUAUUGGAGGAACAGCUACACUUGCAUCAACAACAAUCGGAGCGACUACGGAUGUGACGGCAUUCCCUAAUCCUACAGCAACUACAACCACUACACCCACUACAGAAAAUACAACUACAACCUAUACAUCAGGUACAGCGACACCGAACAUCACAAAAAAGUAUCCAGCGACCACUACAACAUCACCUCCGGCUACGUCAUCUUCAUCGACGACUACGACACCGCUGCCUACCACUACUUCUACUAACCGUCCUUCUACAGUGUCUACUAGUACCUCGACGGUAACAACCACAACAACGACAUCUAAAAUAACCACAACUACACCCGGGUGUUCUGCAUCCAGGAAGUGCCAUUCCUGUACGUCCAGAAAUGCCCGGUGUCCAGUGUACGGCACCAUGGCUGGAAAUGACCCCAAUGAAGUCAUAUCCUGUCCAUGUGGUACCGCCUGCUACUCCGAUGUCAGAUACGACGACGCUAACACAGUUUAUAGAGGCUGCUGGAGGGACUUUCCGACGUGGCUCCCAGAAUCCCCCUCUGACCUGUCAUGUCGAAAAAUUGGUCGACACUUCCUGUGUUUCUGUCAUGGGGAUCGGUGCAACACACACGACAUGACGUCAUAUAUUCCCUGAUGCUGAACCAGUUCAUAUAUGUACAUGUAGAGGGAAUGCCAAACUCCUUUUCUUGGUUAAAAAUACCUUCUUGAAUAUAAAGAAGAUGUGAAUAUAUUACUGUGGCAAAGUUUGCUGUUACAUACUAUGGGCUACUACUAAAGACUUUUAUACACUAAUGUCAGGAAUAUCCAGUAAUCAACACCAUCUUAUGUAAAUGUUGAUGCAAGUUGAUUUCGCCUCAAAAGAGGACAUCCAUGUCCAACGUGUAAACAGAAUGUUCGGAGCUGGAAUAUUGCAACAACAAACAAACAUAUUUGGGGAGUUUGGUUCCUGGGAGUUUUGUCCACGGUCCUGCCCAACACUGAAGGACAUGUAACACAUGUGGUGUUUCUUAGGGCAAGUGACUUCGUUCGAACUGUGUCUCUGUUUACCCAGCAGUGAAUGGGUACCCGGUAAGAUGAGAUGGCAACGUGGCUGUUAACAAUCAAACCCCUCUUUACAGGCAGCUUGGGUCGUAUACCCCCAGGGAGCUGAGAAUGAUUGUUAUGUGCACACUGUUCAUUGACCGGGAGUUUUACUUCUUCUUAUAAAACAAUUGGAGCGCCACGAUGAUUGUACGACCAGGUUGAGGUAUGGGACUAUAAGAGUACUAUAUUCAUACAUGCAAUUGAAGCUUCCCUACCUCCUCAUUUGUGCUUUAGGUUAUACGGUGAAGCCACAGAACAUGACAAAAAAACUACACUUUGUUGAUCAGUGACACGUUUGUUGUUACAGUGAUGUGUAUUUGCAGUUUGGGAAGGAAUAAUACACGCGGUAAUCACCAAAGCAUUGCUGAACAUCAGAAAAUUAUGCAUUACAAUUGAAGGACUUUUACUGAUAUUUUUAUCCGUCACUGCAUGAUGUGCUUGUAUGAAAUGAUGGCUGGUAGAUGUUCUUCUAUUCGCAGUUGAAAAAUAAUGUACGGACAAGAUUUGCCUCUCAUUUAUUGUAAUGUGAAAGGAGUGAGUGAGUUGGGUUUAACAGAGCCGCUUUAACAGUAUUCCAGUUAUAUCACGACGUGUCGUUUAUUUGGGAGGAAAGCCCGAAGUGAUGCAGGUCUCAGACGUUUACCACUUCGGUGAAACCCACGAGCACGGGUAUGGUGCUGACAAACCUAGAAACAUAAUCCGGGCGAACCUGGAUUCGAACCAACAGUCAUAGGUUUCUGUCGUGCCCAAGGGACGCAAUUCUGCUGAUGUGAAAGGAAACGAUAACAUGUACCAAUCGAAUUAUGAGAAUUAUUGAUAUUUUACCAUGUUAGCAUUAACAUUGUAUUUUCCCGACCGCUUUUCGUGAUUUAUGUCUAUGAAUACAUAUAUCUGUGUUCACAUUCAAACAAACUGUCAAACAGUCAUAACACUGGUAUUA